UGCCGCUGGUGGACGCGUUUCGGUGGUGCUCCGAUCGGUGUGGUUUCCUGUAUAGUGUCUCAAAAUCAUAAAAAAUUUCUAAAAAAAAAAAAAAGGAUAAUCCUGUCAUGUGUGGUGCUCUUCUUCAUAAUCUUAAACUGUCAUAGUGGAAGAUCACGGAUCAAAUAUUACACGGAAUGGAGUCUGGUAGCAGUGGCAUUACGGAUAUGGAGUUCACCACCGAGGCUGGCCAGCCCACCCAGAUCACCUCCAUUGAUGGAUUCUUUAAUCGAAAACGUGGAAGACCGCCAAAAAAUCGAUUUGUUGAAGUCUACAAGAGUGCUCAGCACUCCCCGCAGGCCAUCUUCACCAGCUUUAAGCUGGAGCGCAGUGAUCCGGGUACCCCUAUUUCCGGUGGCUCUCUAGUCGAUAAUCUUGAGGAUCAUUUUCAAUCGCCGGAAACCGAAAUAGAUCUCACGCCUAGUCGGAACCGGAAGAGGAAUCGCUUGUGGGCUAGAUCCUCAUCCACGCCCGUGGCUCCCUCGCCCAGGAGGAGCUCAUUCAGCUCUGUGAGCCACUUGGCAAAUGUGCCACAAAGCAGCCGUCAAGAGUCUUCUUUCCAGCACUCUUCACAGUCUAUUGAUACAGCAACAUCAAAGAAUGAUUCCAACAAAGUUCUUGAGAGAAUUUCAGUGGUUCGCGCGGCGGGAACUUUCUAUCCGGAAAACGCAAGUUCAUCUCGUCAAACAGAAAAUCCGGAAGUACCACGUGCCUCUCGGUUCAUUGACCGCCAGGAGUCCGGUGACCUGGAAGUGGAUCAGCCAGAGGACCUCAGCAUGCGACCUUCUCUCCCGGAACCGACUGCCACGGCGGCGGAUGUGGAACCUCCUUUGAAUAUGAACUUGUUGCAAUUCAAGCAACUCAUCGAUCUUUACCAGCGACAGGUGCUUCUUCCCAGCUUCCUGGCAGCGGCUAGUCAUCCACUGGCAUUGCCCGGAUCGGGAUCAGGAGCCGGCGCGGACAUGAGGCUACUACUGGAGAGUGCUGCCCACCAAAAGUUGCUGCUACUCAAUGCAGCAGUGGCAGCAACAGCCAGUGCGAAUGCAACUGCCACGGCAGCAGCCACAACUGUAUCUGCAACAGCCGAUUCCUCUGGUCAGAGGGCACCCGGAAGAAGGAUAAGAGAUCACGAUAUCCCUAGUGGUUACCUCAAGUUCAGGUUUAAUGAGGACUGCGGAUUUGAGAGGUGUGGCUAUCGAAACCACCAAUCGCAUUUUCAUUGCAAUCGAAGGGAUUGUCAUUAUAGUUUCUGCGACAAAACACGCUUUGUGCAACACACAGCCCGCCACGAGCGAAUGGACACCCUGAUGGGCGAUGAUUUCCGGCAGUUCCGGGCCAACAUGCAAUGUGGUGUGGCAAGUUGUUCCUAUGCUGCCUCAUCCGGUAGAUCCACAGAUUCAGGUUUAUAUAUAUUCUAUAGAAAACUAUUCUUUUAUUAAAAUAAAUAUUUUCCCUUAGAUCCUUUAGACUCCAUGGCCUCCACCUCUAAAAAGACAUCGCACUUUCACUGCCGGAAGUGUGAUUACGUUUGCACGGAUUCCAACAAAGUGGUGGCUCACAGGAGGCUGCACCUGCGACAGGACUAUGUACGGUCGGCAGGAUUCCGGAAGGUGAGCGGCAAUGAGCCCUGUAAUUCUCCAUCCUGCACGUAUGCCCUGCGGCACACCCACUACCAUUGUGUCACCUGUGACGGUGGAGUGCUUUCUCGGGCUCAGUUAUCAGGACACAGGCACAGGACAUCCCAGCCCAAGCAGGAGGCUGAGGCCACGCCAUAGAGACUUUUUAAAUGAAAAUAAAUAAAUAAAAUAAUAAUCAGGAUUUAAUUAUUUAAAAAAAUGAAUUUAAUUUGUAAUAAUUCACUUGAGAAUGAUGCUACUUCCACUGACUGUUGAAACUCUACAAGCUAUUGUAAUUAUUUUAG